UCAGAUGCUGCCGUUCCAGUCACUUUAUUUCUUACAGCUGAAAACAUGGCGACAGUGAUCCAGCCGCUCACAUUGGAGAGAGAUGUGGCUCGAGCUAUUGAAUUGCUGGAGAAGCUGCAGGAGACUGGGGAAGUGCCAGUCCAUAAAUUACAGUCUCUAAGGAAAGUGCUACAGAGCGAGUUCUGUACUGCCGUCAGAGAGGUCUAUCAGUACAUGCAUGAAACCAUAACUGUUCAAGGCUGUCCUGAAUACCAGGCCCGCGCCACUGCAAAGGCGACGGUAGCUGCGUUUGCAGCCAGUGAAGGGCAUUCGCACCCUCGGGUGGUGGAGCUGCCCAAGACAGAGGAGGGCCUGGGCUUCAAUGUGAUGGGAGGGAAGGAGCAGAACUCUCCCAUCUACAUCUCACGCAUCAUUCCCGGGGGAGUGGCAGAGAGACACGGGGGCCUCAAGCGAGGGGAUCAGCUGCUGUCCGUGAAUGGAGUGAGUGUGGAAGGGGAGCACCAUGAAAUGGCAGUAGAGCUGCUUAAGGCUGCGAAGGAGAGCGUCAAGCUGGUGGUGCGCUACACUCCCAAGGUGCUGGAGGAGAUGGAGGCCCGCUUUGAGAAACUGAGGAUGGCCCGACGCAGACAGCAGCAGCAGCUCUUAAUACAGCAGCAGCAACAGCAGCAGCAGACACUGUCGGCUCAGCAGAACCACAUGUCGUAGGUGAGGCUUUUCAUUGCUUUCACCCCCUAAGGAACAGGAGGAACAAUCCAUUUAGUUUUGGCAGCACAUAAUACCAGCAGGUACUGUGUCGUAACCGUAGCAACCACCAAUGAUGACCUGUGAAGAACUGCAAAUCUAGCAGCGCCAUAAGCAGACCAUAAAUAUAGUUUCUGAUGACAAAAAGGCUCUAUUUAUUUCACCCUAUUGGUAUAAAUAACUUUGCUCUUCAGUUAAUUAAGCUCACAAUACUUUUUUUAAUGAACAAGCACGUGGUUUCCUCACACAAACUGUAAACUGGAAAAGGCUGUUUGGUACAAAACCGGAAAUUAGGAGAAUACGUUUCAGCUUUCAGAACAGGAUAGCUUUGAGAGCCCUGUGCCACAUACUUGAUGAUCUGUGGCUCAUCUUUAAUUGCGCAAUGGCAGUGCCCUCUGCUUUGAGCCAGUGUCCCUGUCUCAUAUGUAUGUGUGUUUCUCUAUUUCAAGCCUAAGUAACAGAUGCUUUGUUUUUUACAGCCUGCCAUUCCCAAAGCCUUAGCACGCCAAGCUAUAAAACUAAACCAGCAGAUGUUUAAUAAUAUUUUAAUACUAAAAUAUCUACAUCAAUAGAACUUUGUGAGUCUUUUUAAGUUGUUUCUCUAAUUAGUGUCAAAAUCAGCCAUUAUCUGAUGUGUGUGCCCUAAUUAGUCAAUAGGACAUAUCUGAAUCAAAGAUGGAAGCAAUUUUUGCUACUGGUUAAUUAAUAGUAAUUGUAAGUCAUAAGUUACUCCACACCUACUCUCUUUAUUUCAUCUGCAAAUAAUAAUGAAAAAGCCCAUUCGAAUGAUAAGAUAUCCGGGAACUAUUAGCGAACAUAAUGGUUUCGACAUUGCUGCCCUUCUGCUGUUUCAGUACAAAAAAGAAUGCAUUAAGGACCUGUGUCCUUUGCAAAUUUGGACUCCAUCCAAUUCAGGACACAAGCACCCAAGACCCUGAUGUGACGCUGCUGUGGCUGAGUGAUAUAUACAGAUGGAAUGAGGAGAGGUUCAGUUAUGUUACGCAAACAUAAAUAUCAAGCAUAUUAUAGGCCGCUUCCAUACCAGAUCAAAUCGUCAGCCGAGUAGCUGGUAUAUUACUUGUCCUUCGAUAAACAACACAUCCAGUGAUCAGCAAGGAAAGGAUUUAUAUCUGACCUCAAACCAUUGCAUCCCUGCCAUGCGUCUCCUCCUCCCCAGCCUCUUCCUGCUUUUUGGUUUAGUUUAACAGGGGAGGGCAGCUAUCCUGCCCCCCUGCCUAUGGCUUCCCUACAGUCAGCAUCUGCACUUCACUGUGAGGUAAUUUAUGGGUUGGGUUAUCUCGAAAGGCAAAGCCAAUGGCCAAAGAGUGAAGUAUAAAAUAUGUUUAAUGUAGUAGUGUUAUCUCGUCUAUCUUUUAUCGUAUGAGUUUCCUAACUGAACCGAACCAUUUAGGUGCUAUCGUCUUUAGAGACUACAUUUUCAUCCAUCACCCGCUGUAAAAUACAAAUGAAAUCUGGUGUUAUACAACAUAACCAUCUA